GUCCAAGGCUAAAGAUUGUGUGUUCUCUUUGGACUUCAGUUCCAAGUUCGAGUGCGUCGUUGUGUGGUCGUUGUUCCAUCUAGACAUGGUCUUGCUCUUCUGCGACUCCCCCAUCAACCACAUUGACAACCUCAAAGCGUUCUAUCUCGACCAUCCGGAUUUAUUGGCCGGCGCCAAAAAAUUCGCCGAUUCUAAGAAGAAAUUCGUCAAACCCGACGGGGUUCUCUAUGUUCGCCAGAAAGAGUUUGCCGUCACUUUCCAAGGCGAUCGCUUCAUUAACGACUCCAAAGUCGUUUGGUGUGGAACAGAAGAUGUUCUUACGUGCCACGUCUUGGUUCUGCACCAUCAAGUCACCCAGGUGACGGCGAUUGCUCAUUUUGAUGAGUAUGUUAAAGAAGCUCGCUUGGUUCAAUUCGUGACCCAAUUCCUAGAACGAGUCCGAGAUCAGUAUUUUGUCACCUCAGAGUCCACGGAGGACUUCUCUAACGAAUAUGAAUGGGAGGAAUGGGAUGAGUCGGAAUUAGAGGACGCCGAGAUGACCGGAAGCAAACUGGAGAACUUUGAUUUUGAAGAGCCAAUUGAAUUACACAUGAUUGGUGGAUACGCGGAUAGCGCAGGCAAGGCCCAGAAACUGACCAUGAGGCUUCUUCGCUUCUUCAUGACCUUCCAAUUAGGUCGCCCUGAAGUGAUUAUCAAAUGAUCUCAGGCCCCAUGUGAAUUUUGAACUGGACGUG